ACUUGGAAGACGGAGGGGCCUUGCAGCCAGACCCAAUCAGAUGGAGGAAGUGAAAAUGCUCCCACAUGGAGGCUUUGGCGCUCUGUGGCUUCUGCUGCUGUUAAACGUCUCUGGAUGCGCUUUCGAUUUUCACCUCUUCAAGGAUGUUCCAGAGGUCCGAGAGGGCGCCAUGAGGCUCUUUGGAUCGGACAAGCCGUGGAAGGGCCGCGUGGAGGUCUACCACGACGGCAGAUGGGGAACUGUGUGUGACGACGGCUGGGACAUGGCGGAGGCUCAAGUGGUGUGUCGACAGCUUCAUUUCCCGGGGGCCAUAUCUGUUGUCAUUGGGGAAAACUACGGACAAGCACCCGGACCCAUUUGGCUGGACGAUGUGAAAUGCGACGGCGCAGAGAAGAGUCUCUUUGCUUGCGACGUCAGCAAGUGGGGAGUGACCGACUGCACCCACAAAGAAGACGUCGGCGUCACGUGCGAAUCCUGGAACAGAAGCGCGGCUCUCCAGGAUUUCACGCAUUCGUUGGACCACAGCAUCAGCCUGGUGGACGAGCUGGGGGCCGCGUUCGACAGCGGGGCAGGCUGUGACUUCCUGAUGGUCGUCCAGAGCCCCACUGGGAACAAAGGCGUCAGCGGCUCCCCGGAGACGACUGAGAGCACCAUCUGCGCGCACAAAUUCAUCCUCUCGCAGUUCCCGUCCUUUAACACGUCGGAGGGGAUGGUGGUCAACGUCAGCCUGACUUGCCAGCCUCAUUUCCCCUCCUUUGUUAGGUACCUGUACACCCGCAAAAUCCAUGUCACCUUCUCCUCGGCGCAGUGCCUACACUGGAUGGCUUCCAAGUUUGGGAUGAAGCACCUGAUGGUAGACGUAGGCCGCAUGUUUACCCGAGUCCUCUCAGAGGACGCUUCAUUUCGUACCCAGGUGUCCCUUCUUCAGUACGCCACAGAAACUGGAGACCUUGUCCUGCAGGAGAACUGCUUGCAGUAUCUGGCUUGGAACUUCCAGAAGCUGACCCAGUCGCCGGCUUGGCUCAGCCUCUCCAAGGAGGACCUCGGAAGGCUCCUAUCCCGCUCAGACCUGGUGGUGCCGGACGAAUAUUUUCUGCUUCGGUCCGUGGAGAGCUGGGUCCAGGAGAAGGGCAACCGGUCCACUUUGGAAGCCCAGGUUGAGCUGCUGAAUGGCAUCCGCUUCCCGAUGAUCCCCGCGGAGAAGCUGUACCAGCUGGAGGUCAACUCGUCCCUCUAUGAUGUUCAUAAGAGCGCGUAUCGGGAGAAGAUGCUCAAAGCCUUGCAGUUCAACGUUCUGCUCUUUGUUACGCGUGCCGCGCACCCGGAGUUGAGCCAAGAUGACGACUACCAGCCCAGGAUCUACACGGCCGAGCCAUGGAGCACCGUCAUCAACUCUACAAGAAAGUCAUCCCCACAACAAAGACGGCUUGAAAGCUCCCACAGAAGAUCACACCAUGGUAGAUACGCUCACCACGGCUACUACAGCUACUAUCCGCAUCCCACCAACAGCCCACGCCAACACGCCUUAUCCAAGAUGUUCAGCACGCCGUUCCACAAAAGCCUGCUCUUCAAAGCCGACACCGUGGAUUGGGAGGCGCGCCUCUUCACGAGCCAAAGCGAGUGUUCCGACGAGGGUCACAGCUGCGACUCGGUGCCGGCGGCCGUGCUGUCUCGCCAAAGCUUGCUCACCCGGAAGAACGUCGUCUUUGGCAACCGGCUAGUGCUGGUGUGCCAGGGCAAGUACGUCUGCCAUGUUCAGGAGUUCAAAAACAACAUGGCGUACGUGGCCACCAACGGCAGCCGGGUUCUGGCCUAUCCUUGCCGCGAUGAAAAGUACCUGUACCGCUUUGUUGUGCGGCCCGAGUUCGUCUGAUUUGUUUUCUUUCCUGUCCACUGCAUGAUAACGACUCAUCCUGGCAUGAUACACUAUCUACCCUCCGCUCACGCUGGGCACGCGCAAACGCAGCUGCUAACAGGGGACCAUUGGUGGGCCACAGCACCUUCUAAAAAUAGAAUUUAACAAGAAAAACAACAAAAAUGGGAAAAUCAGAAGUCGUUUUAAUACAGUCGAAAUAUGAAGAGAAAGAGUUGGAAUUUUACGAGAAAAAUGUUGUAAAGGAAACAUAACGUGUUUUUUUUAGCAUAAAGUUGAAAGUGUUUUUUUAUAAGUUGGAAUAUUACAAUACACAAACCAAAAAACAUAACACAGUGAAUAAAGUUGUCAUUUUUGGAAUCUUAGGUUGUGGAAAAAAUUCUAAUCAAAUAUUAAGUCCAAAUAUUAAGAAAAAAAGUUUCAAUUUUAAGAAAAUAAAGUAAAAAUAUUAGGAGAAAAUAGUCGUAUUCUAAUUAGAAAAAAGUUGUAAUAUCACAAAACACAAACAAAAAAAUGAAUAAAAUUUAACUUUAGGAAUCUUAAAUUGGAGAAAUAAUGAUAUUGUUAUGAGAAUUAAAGUCAAAAUAUGAUAAUAAAGUCAUAAAGACAAGACAACAGAAAUGGACAGAAUCAUUUCAUUGUAGUAGUUUUACAAGAAUAAAGUCCAAAUAUUAAGAAAAAUUAAUUGUAAUCUAAGGAGAAAAAGUGGCAAUUUGAAGAGAAUAAAGUCAAAAUAGUUGGAUUGUAACAAGAAAACCAGUUGCAAUUUUACAAAAAUACUCGUAAUAUUAUGAGGAAAAAUGACCUCCCUUUUGGAGCAUAAAGUGGAGCUAUUAAAGAAAAAAUAUAUUUUUUGAAGUUGUAAUAUUACAAAACACACACAAAAAUAUAAAAAUGAAUAAAGUUGGAAUUUUUGGAAUCUUAGGUUGCGGAAAAAAAACAAGAAGAACAUUUGACAACAACAGAAAUGGAAAGAAUAACUUAAUUGUUUCAAUUUUAAGAAAAUAAAGUCAAAAUAUUAGGAGAAAAUAGUCGUAUUCUAACUAGGAAAAAGUUACGAUUUUACAAGACUAAACUCGUAAUAUUCUGAGUCAUUUUUGUAGCAUAGAGCUGAAAUAUUUUUAAAAAAUGCAUGUUUUUAAAAAAAAGUUCUAAUGCCACAAAAAAGACGAGCAAAAAACUAUAAAACAAUAUAAAACAAAUAUAAAAUAAUAUAAAAGUCCGAAAAUUAUGGAAAUAAAGUCAAAUACAAGAAGAACAUUUAUAAGAAGAACGUCGAAGUAGUUGGAAAACGUAAAAAAGAAGAUGUCCCCGUGGCCCUCGGUGGAAAAAGUUUGGACACCCCUGCUGUAACCCAGUCAGCGUAGCAGAAUGAUGUUCCUUUCUUGGCUGUGUCGGAAACACGGCUAGAACUGCCAACGAAUGCUAACAUUACGCUCCACGGUCUCCAUUUUCCUGCAUCUUUUUUCCAAUCAAGCAUCAAUAAAUCAAUAGCAUUCCCAGUCCAGUCUUCUGCGUUUACUGUGCUGCAUUUAAGACUUGAACAUGUGCACCCCUUUGCACACAAGAGACAGGAUUUAAGAGUAACGCUACAGUUUCAUUCAUACUUGCACACUUCAGAACACAUACAGAACACACUUCACACACUUCACACACUUCACACACUUCACACACUUCAGUGGUUCCAGACCUGACCGUGAUAAGUGAAUUUCCACGAUGUAGGGUUCCUUAUUUACAGUAUAAAUGGAAUAGUUUUGUUGUAGUUAUAGCAAAGAAAACCUGUUUACAACCUUCUAAAUACGCUUUUCAACAUUAUUAGAGCCCUCUAGACAUGAAAUAACCCCCCUAUAGUCACCUUUACACUCAGAUUACCCAAUGUAGACGACAUAAUAAGACAUAAAUAAGACUUGUGUUGCUGUAAAUGUGUUCCAGCGCUAGGGGAGCUGAAUUGGGGGCAGACAGAAGUGAUGUCGGGGGUUGAGAGUUGAGUGUUAGCGUAGCGUGGGUUACGGCUGCUGCAGUAGCCCGUGUUAGGGAUUAUUGUGCCUGUUGGGAGAUCAUUCAAAACUACAACAGAAAGAAGUCUGUUGUUCCGGCGAUCAAGUUUCUGGUGCUUGUGUGUCUCCCCCAACAUUACAGUAAGAUUACUGACACCUAGUGACCAGUGUACAAUACUACAUAUCUUCACAGUGCCUUUGAAUGCAUCUUCUGAAUGCCUUAUGUUUAUAUUUUACUUCAUUUAGCCUUUUUAUGAUUGAAAAUGAUUCAUUUAGGCCAAAAAAGUACGUAUGUGAAAUAUGCUUAAAUAUGCACAUUUUUGGACAAACAAUAGCAGCACCAUUUAUUAAUUUUUGAAAAACCGUGAUAGCGUCAAGUGGCAAAAUUCAAAGCGUGAAUUGACGAGGGAUUACUUUACAUCAGGGGUGUCCUCAGCGCAGCCUGAAGGCCAAUUUUCACCUGUGUCUGGGGGGGUUU